AUGACAUCAAUAACACAUUCCUCUAAUCCGACGCCGCCCCUCCCGCCCGGGCAUCAUCAGUCUUAUCUCAACCCGGCUCGCUGUGCCUUUGACCUCAGCUGGGGCCGUAAAGAGCCCAGCACAGAGGAGUCAGCUGGACGGAGUAGGGCAUAUCCGUCGCCUCCUAUGUCCGGCUCUCCGCCCUUGCCUCUGAGAUCGGCUCACGAGGCUGGUAGUAGAGGUGAAGCUCCGAGUUAUUAUGCUCCCAGACUGUUAGACGGCCUUCGGGGAGGUCCAGCCCAGCCGCUACCCACGAAUCACAGAGAUCAGCCUUCACCGAUAACGAGAUCAUAUCCGCCCGAGCCAACAACGAGGUCGCCGUAUUCGUACCCCAGACCCGAAGAUGCAGGAAGAAUUGUCCCCUAUCCUCCUCAGCACCACCAUGGGAUGCCCCAGGGGAUGGCACCAGCACCCUAUUUGAACUCAGCAUCUUCGAAUACGGAAGCGUAUCCUGUGCCUGAUCGAACACAGGCAGCCGAAACCCAGCCCUUUACAUCACCGAAAACACAGAGGAAGACGAAAGGUCAUGUUGCUUCGGCUUGCGUGCCCUGCAAGAAAGCUCAUCUUAGAUAUACACAACGACCCUGUUCUCGAUGUCUCGGGAAUGGGAAGGAGGAUGCUUGUGUCGACGUUCAGCAUAAGAAAAGGGGUCGACCACGAUUACGAGACGAAAGAGACGCAAGAUUCGAUCCCACUAGGUACUCACACCCUCAGGAUGUGCCUCUCAGGAGACCACUGAGUAUAUUUCCCUCCGGAGUUGGUGGACUAUCGCCCUACGAAGAUUCCCUCCGACGAAACUCGUCAUUCCGGCCCCUUGACACCCCAUCGACCGAUGCUACCUCGCGCUCGUACCAGGAGAGGUCUAUGGCGCCUGACGCAGCGCACUACAACUCUUCCUACCCGGGUAGUCCGCGUGCCAUGGAACCCCUCGCAUACUUGAGCAUGGAUUUUGAUAUCGUCAAAGCAUCCCCCAUGUUCAUGGAAAUCGUCCACGCGUCGAAUCCGAUAGCGAACAAAUUGAGCGACAUCGUCACCCCACAUCAGGCGAGUUUCCUCAACAACCUCCAGAACCAGCUCUUUGAAGAGCAACGACUGCACGAGCCGAAUUACCUACCUCCUAUGCUGGGCCGACUGGAUCAUGCCAUCAAAGAAUUUGGGUUUACGAGUGAAGAUGUUGCCAGAUUUCGCCUCAACCACCUCGAAUAUUUUGGCUUUGUCGGAUACGACGGUUACACGAGGACGUUCCCGCUCCGUUUUGGGCUUGCGAAGGAGGGCUCGUUCUAUUUCGUUGUGUUCUUGCUGAAUCUCCAGCACCAUCACCCGCAGCUACCGCCGCCAUUACCUUCACAGCAACAUACGUCCCAGACACAGCAGUCACAGAAUCAGCAGCCUCAAUCGCAUCCACAACACCAGCAGCAUCAGCAGCACCCACAGCAACAGCAAGUGCAACAGCAGCCUCAACAGCACCAGCACACUUCCUCAGCGGAUACCUAUCGGCAUCGCCUCAGCGAGGGCUCUCUCCGACUGCCACACAAUACGGCUGUUUCGAAUGCCGGCACAAGCCCAGGUGUUCAGUCUUACUCACAGCCACAAUACUCCGGGCCAAGUUACCAGACGUCUCAGAGUGAACAUGUCCCUGCCAGCCGGCCUGCAACUCAGCCCUCUUAUCAGCUACCCCCUAUCCGGGCACCACCUGAUCACCGACCUGUGUCCCGAGACGUCGGCUGGCCCAAUGGCGAACGAUCAAGACGAGUCGAUAUCGGUGGCUUGCUAGAACAGCCUGGGGAUGCUAUCAGGCGAUGAGG